GCAGCAGCUGUUUCCCGCGCUGGAUUUCCACAUCUUUGCCCCCGGAAGCGGAAACUCUUUCCUUUCUAGUUUGUGCUUCAUACAGAGACACACAGAGACGAUGGCUCCUCGUAAAGGUAAAGAGAAGAAGGAGGAGCAGGUCAUCAGUCUGGGUCCUCAGGUGGCUGAAGGAGAAAACGUGUUUGGAGUUUGUCACAUCUUCGCCUCCUUCAACGACACCUUCGUCCACGUCACUGACCUCUCCGGAAAGGAGACGAUCUGCCGUGUGACCGGCGGGAUGAAGGUGAAGGCAGACAGAGACGAGUCGUCUCCGUAUGCCGCCAUGUUGGCUGCUCAGGACGUCGCUCAGCGCUGCAAAGAGCUCGGCAUCACGGCGCUGCACAUCAAGCUGAGGGCCACCGGGGGCAACAGGACAAAGACUCCUGGUCCUGGAGCUCAGUCUGCUCUCAGAGCUCUGGCUCGUUCAGGCAUGAAGAUUGGACGCAUCGAGGAUGUCACUCCGAUCCCGUCAGACUCAACCAGGAGGAAGGGUGGUCGUCGUGGUCGCCGUCUGUAAACUGCAGCAAAGAUUUUGUCAAAAUAAACAGUUUAAAUUCC